GCCUCGCGCUCAUCCGGAUCCCCGCAGCUGAGGCGCGCGAGCCCAGACCCCAAAAUGACAGGGAGAGCGAUCGGGCGGGCCUGAAGUGCGGCCCGCGAGGGCAGAGAAGCGGUGGGCGGUGCAAGCGCCGGAGAAGAACGGGAGGCGGAGGAGGAGCCUGAAUGGAUUAUGGCGUCAUAAGCUGCCUUGGGUGUAUGCGCGUUGAGGAGCCCGGGUUGCUGCAGUAGCAGAAGAAGCUGCUGUCGGGUGCGAAGAAGAGCCACAUCCGACGGGAAGGUGAGGUUGCUGCCGCAGCUCCUCGGACCUCAAAAGGGCCACGAGCCAGUCCAGCAUGCCGCGCAAGGCUUGCUGAGGAAGGUGCGGCUCCUCUAGUCCGAGCGGGCGCGAGAUUUCAUGUAAAAGCAUCAGAAAGAUUGGCAGCCAGAUUGAUGUGAUAUCUGUGGAAAAUGAAUUAAAGCAACAUGACCAAGGCUCAUUUCGCAUUCUGCAAUUAUAUUGAGCAAGUGCUAAAUAGGCUCUAGUUACUCUGUGAUUUUCAGCUUUUCCUUGACAAACCAGAAAGAUGGGAAAAUAAAUUGGCCUUUAACAAAUGCAAUACCAUGCUCACAUCGAAGAGGACAAUAGCCCUCCUCAUGCUAACAUCAUAAGGGCUGCAAAAAGACCAAAUCUCUGUUCUCUUUGGAUGCUUCAAGCAGUAUAAAGAAGUGGCUUCCUCAUGACAACAUGUCAGUGAAAGAUCUCAGCCCCCGACAUAAUUCAAAAUCCCGUGUAGUGCAGCGGGCCUCUACUGUUGAUGUUGCCUCUGAUAUGUCAGGUUUAUCCUUGACAGGAAACAUUCAAGAUCCAGAUGAGCCAAUCUUAGAAUUUAGUUUAGCUUGCAGUGAACUGUUAACUCCAUCACUAGAUAGGAAGCCAAAUUGUUUUGUAGCAGUGAGUGUAACUACACCACCUCAAGCAUUCUGGACAAAGCAUGCUCAAACAGAAAUUAUUGAGGGCACAAAUAAUCCCAUCUUUCUAAGUAGCAUUGCCUUUUUUCAAGACUCUCUUAUUAAUCAGAUGACACAAAUUAAGCUUUCUAUAUACGAUGUAAAAGAUAGAUCUCAGGGAACUAUGUAUUUAUUGGGUUCUGUGAUAUUUGCUGUACAGGAUCUACUUAAGGAGAAAAGUCAUAGGCUGCACUUAACACUAAGAUCUGCUGAAAAUGACCGUGUCGGGAACAUUACAGCCAUAGGAUGGCAAAUGGAAGAAAACACAGACGAAAGGCCUCCUGUGACCAGAUCUCCUGAUACUAUUAAUGGAAGGACUGUGCUACCAGUUGAUGAAAGUUUGACAGAGUCCUUAGGAAUCCGAUCCAAAUAUGCUUCAUUACGAAAAGAUGCACUAUUAAAAUCUGUGUUUGGAGGUGCCAUUUGUCGGAUGUAUCGUUUUCCUACCACUGAUGGCAACCAUCUGAGGAUUUUGGAGCAAAUGGGAGAGAGUGUGCUCUCUUUACACAUUCCCAGGCAAUUUGUGAAAUUGCUGCUAGAGGAAGAUGCUGCAAGGAUUUGUGAACUUGAAGAACUGGGAGAGCUGUCACCUUGCUGGGAAAGUCUUCGUCGGCAAAUAGUCACUCAGUACCAAACAAUUAUUCUGACCUAUCAGGACAACAUGACAAAUCUUCAUCAGUAUAAAGGACCAUCAUUCAAAGCGAGUAGUCUGAAAGGUGAUAAAAAGCUUGAAUUCAUGCCCACAAAUUUACAUAUACAACGAAUGAGAGUCCAGGAUGAUGCAGGAUCAGAUGAGAAUUAUGACAUUGUAACUAUAGGAGCACCAGCAGCGCACUGCCAGGCAUUUAAAUCUGGAGGUUUGCGGAAAAAGCUACAUAAAUUUGAAGAUGCAAAGAAACACAGUUUUGAGGAAAGUUGCACUGCGACCAAUUCUCAAUCUAUAGUAUACAUACCACAGGAUAUUAUUCGAGCAAAGGAGAUUAUUGCACAGAUCAAUACCCUGAAAACUCAAGUUAGUUAUUAUGCAGAAAGACUUUCCAGAGCUGCCAAGGAUAAAUCAGCGAAUGGACUUGAGAGAACACUUGCCAUUUUGGCAGAUAAGACCAGGCAGCUUGUCACUGUCUGUGACUGCAAGCUGUUGGCAAAUUCAAUUCAUGCCCUGAAUACUGCAAGACCAGAUUAUAUAGCUUCAAAGGUUUCUCCAACAUCUACAGAAGGAGAACAAGUGGUGCUAAGAAAUGACCAAGAUACUUUGGUGGCCAGGUGGGCAGGAAGAAAUAGCCGUUCUUCCCUACAGGUGGACUGGCAUGAAGAAGAAUGGGAAAAAGUCUGGGUGAAUGUUGAUAAAAGUCUUGAAUGCAUUAUCCAGAGGGUAGACAAACUCCUCCUGAAAGAACGAUUGCAAAGUGAUAGCUGUGAAGAUGUUUUCCUGUGUGAAGUUAGCUGCUCUAGCAAGAAAGGUAAACAAGAUACCCGUGCAUACUGGAUAAAGCCAGAGACCUUAAAUGAAAUCAUCUCAUCUUCAUCAUCCCCACCAUCAUCUUCAUCCAUUUCAUCCUCUGCAUGCCAUUUUCCCAGAAUCACAAAUUGCAGUCCUACUCCUGAAGAAUCCACCCCAGGUGAAUGGAGUGAGGCUCUUUAUCCUCUGCUGACGACACUCACGGACUGUGUGGCCAUGAUGAGUGACAAAGCAAAGAAAGCAAUGGUCUUUCUUUUAAUGCAGGACAGUGCCCCCACCAUAGCUCUUUGCUUAAGCCUUCAGUACCGGAGGGAUGUGGUCUUUUGCCAAACUCUUACAGCCCUGAUCUGUGGUUUCAUUAUCAAGCUGAGGAACUGCCUGCACGAUAAUGGAUUCCUGAGGCAGCUGUAUACCAUUGGUCUGCUGGCCCAAUUUGAAAGCCUUUUAAGUACUUACGGAGAAGAACUGGCUAUGCUAGAAGAUAUGAGUGUGGGAAUAAUGGACUUGAGAAAUGUAACGUUUAAAGUAACUCAGGCCACUUCCGGUGCUUCUGCUGAUAUGCUGCCAGUCAUUACAGGAAAUCGGGAUGGAUUUAAUGUGAGGAUUCCACUACCAAGCACCUUAUUCGAUGCCUUGCCUCGUGAAAUCCAGAGUGGCAUGUUGCUGAGAGUUCAACCAGUACUUUUCAACGUGGGAAUCAAUGAACAGCAAACUUUAGCAGAAAAGUUUGGCGAUACCUCCUUGCAGGAAAUUAUUAACAUGGAAAGCUUAGUACGGUUGAAUUCCUACUUUGAACAGUUCAAAGAAGUUUUGCCUGAAGACUGUCUACCUCGAUCUCGGAGUCAAACGUGCCUGCCUGAACUGUUGAGGUUCCUUGGACAGAAUGUACAUGCAAGAAAAAAUAAGAAUGUUGAUAUUCUUUGGCAAGCUGCUGAGAUUUGCCGCAGACUAAAUGGUGUUCGGUUUACAAGCUGUAAAAGUGCCAAGGAUCGGACUGCCAUGUCGGUGACCCUGGAGCAAUGUCUCAUACUUCAACAUGAACAUGGAAUGGCUCCACAGGUCUUCACUCAGGCCCUGGAGUGCAUGAGGAGUAUUGGAACACGGGAGGUAGUCAUCCAGAAGAACUUGUGUGGCCUGGUGCCCCUCCGGGAUUUCAGGCUAGAUCCCAGCCUUCUUUACUCUAUUCCUUUAUUAGCGCUAAGCCCCAAUUUACUGAUUGUGUGGCUGUUUCUGAGCAUUGCAUACUUGGUGGCUAAAUUACGUUGCAAAUAAAGUAAAAUAAACCAAGCAAAAAUCCAGUAAAGUGCCAGAAUAUAUAUAUUGCCACCUGGUACCGAUUUGUUGAAAAAGUCUCAUAGCAUUGUUGCCAAGAAUAAUGAUAGUAUGCCUUACAAUUUUGUUUCUAUUGUACUAAACUUGUAAAAUACACAUCUGAUUCUUUUAUGAAAAGGAAUUGUAUUGAGUGCUUACACUGUCAUUGAGCUUCCAGUGCUUGUAAUGUAAGUCCAACAGCUGCCUGUUAUCUCAGCGAUUUAAUCAACCUGAAGAUUAGUUUCUGUAUCAUCUAUUUUAGGCAUUCAAAUCCUCCUCCCCUGCAUUUAUUUAUAACUACAUACAGCUUUGUUUCACAUGUUUCUUGUUAUCCAGAAAAAGAAACUAUGUCUAAAGAAAUUUUUGUAUAUCCUAAAAAAGUGACAGUCUUGCUUUUCAUAUUUAAGUGGUAAGGGGGAAAAGGGAAGGGCUUUGUAACAUAUGUAUCUACAUAUCUGUUCAAGGCAUCUUUCUACUUUGAUUUAUAAGCAUUACUUCUACAGUGUUACAAUCAUCAAUACAUAAAACUGUGGAGUUCAUUUUCUUAUAAAUCUGUUGCAACACAUGAACUUGAAAGCAGUAUGCUGCACACAAUAUAUAGAGUCAGUAUAUUUAUAUGUUUACUUUCUUACUGCAUCAAAAAAAAAGAAAGAAUAUAUGGAAAGAGUAGGCUUAACCAUCACCUAAUUCCAUUCAAAUCAUUGGAAAAGUAUUUUUAUAAUCUGUGUGAUUCAAUGCUAUCACAUGUUAAUUAAUAUUUACAUUAAAUAUUGCCAUAAAAUGCACUAAUAGCUCUUUUGGGUUAAUGUUAAACUUUAAAUCUUAAGGUAUGCAAAUGCAUUUUAGUGAUAUCCUGAAUCCUAAUCAUUCAAUUUGUAAUACAAUUAUCUUAAUUUCUAUCAUUAUAAUAUUUAUUCACCCAAAACAUCCCGAUAGCAUUUAUAAAUAACAUCAGUGUAUGCUUAGGAACAUGUAAAGAUAGAUAGAAGAUGGAUGGAUGGAUGGAUGGAUGGAUGGAUGGAUGGAUGGAUGGAUGGAUGGAUGGAUGGAUGGAUAGAUAGAUAGAUAGAUAGAUGAUAGAUGCAGCUAACUAUUGGGUAUUAAAAAAGCAGCUCCAAGGCUUAUAAAUAAAAUUAUUUAAUAUUUGGUUGUUUAUCUGAUCUGUUGCAUUAUAUAAAUUGUAUUGCAAAGAUAAGAUAUAGAUGUGUUCUUGAUUGGAUUGAUUUGGAUCUUGACAGAGUAGCACAGUAGCUGCUUUCCUGGUAGGUAUAUGAUUCUGUUGCAGCGAAAGGUAUAGGGCUCAAUUAUACUGCAUGUUUUUUUCACUUGCCAGGUAAUGAAAAUAUGAGAUACUUCCUGUAGAUGUCACAUAAUAAUGUUCAAUUUUUAAAUUGAACCGCAAUUUUAUUUUUUAAACCACAAUAGUUACAUCUUGGUAACUAACAAGUCCUUUGACAAAUUUAUUAGCAAUAUAUUGAUCAUUUUAUGCCAAAUCUAAGCAUGCUCUUUGGCACAUUCACAUCAUAAUCUUUUCCAUACCACCAUUUUCUUUGCUUAUCCAACAAGAUCACUUAUUCCAAAUGUUGGCUUUGACUCUGCAUGCAUCUGUGUGGCCUUGCAAAUGAAUAUAAGUAGCCCUUGAGUUCUCAAUCACACCUAUUUUCCCAAGACAAUAGAGUUCAGUACAUAAAUGCAGUCUUGCGUUUAAGGAAGUAAUGCUGGGUUGACAAAUAGCCAGCUCCCCAAAGAAAACAUCCAAGUAUGAAUUUUCUAUGUAGGGAAUGUAGUUCUUACUGAGGUGUACAAAUUAUUUAAAUAAAUGGAGGGAUACAUUUGGGAGGCUGGUUUGAAAAACUCAGCUGUCCUGCCUUAUAUUGUGGCAUUAAAUAUACUAAAGUGCUUUAGACUUAAAAUUGUAUGUGACUUUUAUGUAUAGGGGUGUGUAUGUAUGUAUAUAUACAUGCAAACACAUCACAAGUUAUUAAAUCAAGAAAUGCAUGAAUCUUUAUUUCAUGUAUUUCCUCUCAUAAGUCUGGAGAAUUUUGUUUAAAACAUGCCCGGUGGUAGAAAUGAUGCUGAAACCAAAUAUAUAAAUAGUUGUCACUACAUACAAUAACUACACCAAAUAAUCGACUAUUUAACCCAUACAUUUAAAACAUAAUGAAAUC